GCCCGGCCGGCUAUAAGUGCGAGUGGCGGGGUUCCCUGGCGGUCGGUGCGGAGCUUUAGCUGUGUGUCCGUCCCGCGGGGUGUCGGUCCGGCCCGGCCAUGUCUGACCCAGCUCCGCAGCCUGCUCCCGGGGCCCCCGAAGGGGGAGCCCCCGAAGGAGGAGCUCCUGAAGGGGGAGCCCCCGGUGCAGGCCCCCCCGGGGCUCCCCCUAAUCUGAGCAGUAAUCGCCGUCUGCAGCAGACCCAGGCCCAGGUGCAGGAGGUGGUUGAUAUAAUGUGUGUAAAUGUAGACAAGGUGCUGGAACGAGACCAGAAACUGUCAGAGCUAGAUGACCGGGCAGAUGCACUUCAGGCCGGUGCCUCAAUAUUUGAAAGUAGCGCAGCAAAACUUAAAAGGAAGUACUGGUGGAAGAACUGUAAGAUGAUGAUCAUGAUGGGAGUGAUUGGUGCCAUUAUUGUGGUGGUGAUUGGAACAUACACAUACCUGAAGUUCUGGCCCUCAAAGCAGUGGCUGGUUUUCCAUUGAAAAAUGAUGGUAGUUCCAGUUGUGCUGGACUGACUCUGAGAUAGAGUGCAGCACCUAUUAAGAACACCCUUACUUGCUCAAAUAUGACCAGGCCCAUAACAUUCUUUCCUUCAGUGCACAGACCCACUAAAUGAUUUCUUCAGAGGCCAAAGUGACACUUUCCUUUCAUGUUCUUUCCUGCCAGGCUUCUUUUCCAAAAGGCUUUGUACUAUUUUUUUAAAUAAAUUUGUCGUAAUCUCCAAAAAAGCUUUUUUUAGUUCAUUGCUUUUAAGCAUGUACUUGAAAGCUGAAGGCACUUUCCUCUCUUGUGCUCAAAAGCCUCUUUUAAAUAUUGCACAUUGGUAAGUACAAAGAACUGCAAGACUGAACACAGACAUCUCUCUGGUAUGUUCCCGAUCUCCUUGGUUCCCCUCUGUCCUUUCACCAACAGCACUGCUACCCUUUUCGUUCCUUGAUGUAGUCCAUCUCCACCCCUUAGCUUUUAACAAACCUGUCCAAAGAGCCUGGUAACCCUUUCCUCAAAUUCAUUCUUGUUUUGACCUCAGUCUAUGAAGACAAACCUUCCACCUAUUUGUCCAGCUUCCCUAAACCCUCCAGCAAGCAGAGUUUAGUUCUUCUAAAUGUACUGGUUAUUUUUCCAAGUGAUUGUUUUUUCAUUUUUUUCCUAGCUUUCUUAGACACUUAUGUUGUACUUCCAUGCAUUUCCUCUAUUACCUUAAUUUUUAUGGAAAAACAGUUGUUUUGAUAUCUGUCAAAUUGUGACUAUCUCAUUCUGGAGGGACAAGUUUUCAGCAGAUAGCUGGGUAUGCCUGGCUAUGCCUCUCUAUCUUUGUGUUUCCUGCCUUCUCAACCAUCCCGUGCUUAAUUUUCCUCCUUCAUGGAGGGUCUGACCCAUUCUUUCCUUUCUCCCAGUACUUCUUUCCAUUCUCUCAAUCUCACUACACUCCAAAUUUCCUUAGAGGUUCUCAGAUCCUCUGAAGUCAUCUGAUCUCACAGUUGGAGUCCUCAGAAACUUCAGUAUCCCUACAUUUUCCAGACACUAUCCCUUUUCUCUGCUAGCACAUGAUUUCCAAAUGCUCUUAACACUCAGUCAACUUGCAAAUGUCUGUCAGCUUCACAGUCCCACAGGUGCUGGGGCCCUUUAUACCCCAUCUCUGCAGGUUGUUUCAUAUCCAAAAGAGUCCACCUCUCUUUCCUUGUAUUUCAGCUGUAUCAAACACUUAAACAAAUAUUCUAUUGUUUUUUAAGCCGUAAACUCUCAUCCCUCUUCUUCCUCUGUAAUUUCUCCAUCGUAUAAACAUUCCUCUUUCUCGCUCUUAAAUACAUGGAACUAUCAACUUCUGUGCUGCUUACUCCUGCAAAAUAAACCACUGUAAUACUCCAACUUAUCCACAGAAUGUUUUCUCUUCUUCUGCACUUUCCUUUCCCCUUCAGGCACUUGUAUUUCUACUUCUCUGCCUUCUUCCUGCACAACAGGUGUUCCCAGUCCAAAAAGACACAACUUGCUCUUCUUCAGUGUCCUGUGACCUUCAGGUGCUCUGUGUUUUCCAUGUCCUCCAAAUAACUGUGCUAUGCCUCUAGCAUAUCUAAGACUACUGCGCAUUUACAUCCCCUCAGCUUUCUCCUCUGGUACAAAUCCACCCCAGCUCAGACCUUUAUUUUGUCUUUUGCUGACCUGCAGGUCCCUCUAAAUGCGUACUUUCUUCCCUUUUCUCUGCUUUUUCACAUUCUCAGUGAAGCACUCCCAUUUUCUGCACUCUCACUCCAGCACUGCUGGACUCGCCUCUUGUUUUCAGCCAGACCAAGCUCACUGUAUGCCUGUUGAGCUGAUAAUUUGUGGUCUUGUCAGCCUACAAAAAGUGUAGGGAUAUUCCUGGGAGGAUCACCUGAUUUCUCUCAAGUUGGCAAUUUUUGCACUGAUUCUCAGGACAAGGAGGGCUAAUCUACUUACCAACUCGUAUGACAUCUUCUUCAUGUUUGUAUAGGCUUUUAAAUCUGGAUUUACAGCUAUCCAGAAUGGUGCCAUUACUUUGAGUUCAUCAGUCAAAGCUCUUGUUUUCUUUUUUUUUUUUUCUCCUCAUUUUAACACUUCUACAGAAGCGAGAGAAUAUGAUGCAAGCUUCCCCCACGGAAUAUUUCACCACCUUCUGCAGCUAUAUUUCUUUAUGAUGAAGAUAACUUAGUGUUUCAAGUAGUUUAUGCCUCUGAUUAAUCUUUUUUAAUCACCCACUGUGAUACUGUGUGUGAUGCAUUGGGUCUCAUCAAUUUUAUGGUUAUUAGAAGGUACCAUGUGAUGUGAAGAAUCGUGUCUUACUCUUUGGAUAUUCAGGAAAGAUCAUGCUCACCGUAUGAAUCAUCAUACAUUUAUGAUAUACAGAGACUGUUUUAGGUGUUGCACCUGCUCUUUCUCCUUUACUUCUCUAUUUGCCGUUCUUGUUUUAAUAGUGACCAAAGUUACUUUUAGGAACUAAACCUAGCUUUUAGCUCUGCUUCUUGGGCAGUGUUUUUACAGAAUAUGAAAGUUCCUUCAUCAAGACAACUUAGAGAUUUCAUUCUUUAAUUAUCCCUUUUUCUUCAUUUAAAAUUACCCACAAACACAGAAAAUGGACUUUUUUCAUGUUUGCAGAUGCCCUAAUUUUUUCCAGUGGCAGCCUCCAAAGAGGAAUACAUGUUCCCAUACCUCUAAGUGCCUGUUGCAGGACUCUCCCUUCUGCUGGACUGCCACCCUUGCUGAAGGACACCCCCUGAAUUGUUUGCUUCUAUUCCCAGCAGAAAGACAUCAUCUUCAUUUUCAAACCAGGGUCAUCAGCUGAGCACUGGGAUAAAAUUUGAAAAACCAUGAAUAUCUGUGUGAUAAAGAAUAUAGAGUUUGUGUAUGUGAAGAAGAAUAAAAUCACUCUCUGCUGGGAACUGAAAAGUGUGUUUAUGUAAUUGAGGCAAGAGCAAUACAAUCAGCGUGUGUUUAGCAUCUCAAAGGGAAAAAUUAGGCAACAGUUUAUAGACUGCAGUAAACCACUCCAACUUCCCAAGGGCAGUGUAUCUACCUUAAUUUUUAAAAUAACUUAAGUUUUUCUUUUGUUAUGAUUAACUAGUUUUUAAAUUCAAAAGCUGCUCUUUGCAGUGUGAUUGGGUACAUGGUACCACAGGUCUUUGCCUAAACUAUAUGCUUAAAUUCUGGUAUCUGUGUUUGUGUCUUGUGAGGUGGAUA